CUUUCUCCUCAUGUUCUCCAUCGUUGAAUUGUUCUUGCAGAUCUGGUUUUGCACUCUCUUUCUCUCUCUACAUUUCUAUUUCUCUUACACACAGUUGCACGCACUUCAAAAUAUGCUCACCAAGAAAAGAUAGAGGGCGCCAACUUCUUAUCUUGUUUUGUUUUGCCUCUGUAUAUAACGGACAGAGCUGCGAGGAGAAAAUAAUCCGUAUUAAAGCUUCCGGGAGAUCCCAUAAAUUCCAUUUUCAGAUAGGACAAAUUGAGGAAUGAUAAAGAAAUGGGGAGGAAAGGAAGCUGGUUUUCUUCGGUAAAAAGGGCUCUUACCCCAAAUUCUAAGAAAAAGAAAGCACAGAAAGCAAGUAAAUCAAAGAAGAAAUGGGUCGAGGAAGACAACCCAUCAGUUUCAGGUUCUCCAAAUCCUGAGACUAUCCAAGUAUCUAAUCCCCAGCCACUUCCUUCUUUGGAAGAUGAGGAAGAUAUGAAGUUGACGAAAGCGGAGAAUGCGCAGACAAAACGUGCUUAUUCUGUUGCAGUUGCUACUGCUGCAGCAGCAGAGGCUGCUGUAGCUGCUGCACAGGCUGCAGCAGAGGUAGUCCGACUGACUUCGGUGACUCAAUUCACUGGAAAACCAAAGGAGGAAGUAGCAGCAAUCAAAAUCCAGACAGCAUUCCGAGGUUACCAGGCAAGGAGAGCAUUGCGGGCGCUGAGAGGACUUGUCAGAAUAAAAUCACUUGUUGAUGGGCCAAGCGUCAAACGGCAAACUGCAAACGCUCUGAAAUGUAUGCAAACGCUGUCCCGUGUGCAUUCUCAGAUUCAGUCGAGAAGGCUCAAGAUGUCAGAGGAAAACCGUGCACUCCAGAGACAACUUCUACAGAACCGCGCGAAAGAACUUGAAAGCUUGAUGAUUGGGGAGGAGUGGGAUGAUAGUCUACAAUCAAAAGAGCAAAUAGAGGCAAGUUUGCUGCAAAAGUAUGAGGCAUCCAUGAGACGAGAAAAAGCGCUAGCUUAUUCGUACAGUCAUCAGCAAACCUGGAAGAAGUCCUCAAGAGCUCCUAACUUACUGUUUAUGGAUCCAACUAACCCUCACUGGGGUUGGAGCUGGUUAGAAAGAUGGAUGGCUGCCCGGCCAUGGGAUUCCAAAAGCACAGCUGACAAAGAACUUAACGGUGACAGGUUAUCUGUCAAAAGUUCAAGCAUUGGAGGAGAAAUAACCAAGUCUUUUGCUCGUCAUCAGCUAAACUCCGAUAAUCCAUUUUCACCGGUCAGCCAAAAGCCCGGUCAUCCUUCUAGUCAUCAGUCCUCUGCAUCUCCCCUUUCAAAGGUGACAUCUUCAGUAGCCGCCAGAAAAUUGAAGCUGGCAAGCCCAAGAUUGAGUGCAUUAAGUCAAGAUGACGACUCCAGGAGAAUGCUUAGCAUGCAGUCAGAGAGGAACAGGAGGCACAGCAUUGCAGGGUCGUCCAUGAGAGAUGAUGAAAGCUUGGCAAGCUCUCCAUCAGUGCCUAGUUACAUGGUACCGACUAAGUCGGCAAAGGCCAAGUUGAGGUUGUCAAGUCCAUUAGGAACGGAAAAUGGAACACCGGAAAAGGGACCACCGGGUUCCGCAAAGAAGCGCCUUUCUUUCCCACCUUCUCCAGCCAGACCUAGGCGGUAUUCAGCCCCGCCAAAGGUGGACAACUCCUCCAUUGCUGACAGUGAUGCGAAUGGAGUGAUCAAUUAAUUAUCCCCUUAUUCCUAAAUUCAGCAGAUUCAAUAAACUGUCUGAAUUAAGUGGCAGAGAAGAAUAAAGGAAAAUAGUGAAAGUGUCAGUUUAAUUUGAUGGAGUUCCACUUAAAUUUAUUUGUUCAUUUGCUUUGUGGGCAUGGUUUGGAUUGAUUUCAACGAUUCUAUUGACUGAGUUAAAGUUGUUGCUUAUUCUUUUCUCUCAACUAUUGUUAAGAGUUUCAUACCGUGAAUGAUUAUUGGUGAUUGUGUCUGUAACAUAUUGUCUUCUUUGGUCAUGGAAAUUCGAUUUUCUUUUAUAGAGUUGA